CUCGACAGGCGCGACGGCGAGCAGCGGCAAUCAUCAACCACGUCGAACCUCCAACUUCCAGAAAGUCCACCGUGGCAUCCCAUCUUCGACUGCCUGCUUCGCACAUCCUUGCCCUGUGACAAGCCAACCCCCAGCCCUCAUACAGCUCCUCAAUGCGAUUGUCGCUGACUUCCGGAGUAUAGGGACUUCAUCGCGACACCAUAGAAAAUUGGACUCCAGCACCGCUUCGUGGGAAACUUCAGUGAUCAGCCUGCAGAAACCCAUACUGUCGAGUCAAAUAGUGCAACAUGGUCGUCUUAGCAGCUUCGGUCACCACGAAGACGGGGAAGGCCGUCAUCUCGCGUCAAUUCGUCGAGAUGCCAAGAGCACGUAUUGAGGGUCUGUUGGCGUCGUUCCCAAAACUAAUUGGGGCGAAUGAUAGCCAGCAUACGUUUGUGGAGACGGAUUCUGUUCGAUAUGUGUACCAGCCUCUGGAAGACCUGUACAUGGUCCUAGUAACCAACAAACACUCCAACAUCCUGCAAGACAUCGACACCCUCCACCUCUUCGCCCGCCUCGUCUCAGACUACUGCCGCUCUCUCAACGAGCGCGAAGUCGCCUCCCAAGCCUUCGAGCUCGCCCACGUCUUCGACGAAGUGAUCUCCCUGGGCUUCCGGGAAAACGUCAACCUGGCCCAGAUCCGUACGAUCACUGAGAUGGAAUCGCACGAGGAGCGCGUGCAGGCCGAGAUUGCGAAAUCGCAGGAGAAGCAGGCGAAGGAGGACGCAAAGAAGAAGGCGAAGAUGAUGGAGAUGCAAAAACGGGAGAUGCAGAAGAUGGGGUAUUCGGGGGGGACUGCGAGUGGGUUUGGAAGUGGCGGGAAUGCGUAUGGUGGGAGCGGUGGGAUGGGGAUGGGGUCGUCGCAGUAUGGUGGGGGCGGCCCGGCUGGGUACAGGAGUGGAAGCCCUUACGAGCCUGUGAGGACUGCCACGCCGGAGCCUGAGAGGACCGCUUACAAUGCACCAAGCACAUCCAGCGGCCCCGCCCGCGGCAAAGGAAUGCAGCUCGGAAGAAAACAAAACGACAACGCCAUCGUCAACACCAUCAAAGCGGACGAAGGCAUCCCCGACGCGCCGCCCGUCGUCGUCUCCCCAACAACCCACCACCACGCGGGUCUCCCAUCACCCGUGCAUCAGCAGAUCGUCCACACUGAAAGCGUCCACGUCGCAUUGGAAGAAAAGAUUAUCGUCACAGCUAACCGCGACGGUGGCUUAGAGAACAUGGAAGUCAAAGGCGACAUGCAGCUCAAAGUCUCCGACCCGGACCGUGCCCUCUUGCGCGUCGUGUUGGAUAUGAAGCAGGACCCGAGUAUUCAAUACAAGACACAUCCGAACGUGGACAAGAAACUGUUUGCGGAUAGUUCCAUUUUGGGCCUGAAAGAUCCCUCCCGGCCGUUCCCGACCAACCAGUCCCUGGGCAUUUUGAAAUGGCGGUUUGUGACGAAGGACGAGAGUCUUGUCCCAUUAACCAUCAACUGCUGGCCCUCCCCCUCCGGCACCGGAACAGUCGACGUCAACAUCGAAUACGAGCUCCAAUCCCUUGACUUGGAGCUCCGCGACGUCAUCGUCUCCAUCCCAUACUCCGGCACAACUCCCCCAAGCAUCUCGGACGCCGAAGGCACAACGGCCAUCGACAGAUCCCGCCACCUCGUCCACUGGCAGUUACCGACCAUUGAUAAAACGAACAGUUCGGGCGUGUUGGAGUUCACGGCUGAGGGGGAUGAUGCGGGUAGUUUUUUCCCGAUCAGGGUGUCUUUUGCGAGUGGGAGGACUUUUUGUGGGGUUGCGGUUAAGGAUAUCACGGCUGUUAAUGGCGGUGAACCGGUGACGUUCUCGCAGCAGACGGUUUGUUCGACGGAGGAGUACACGAUUGUGUAGCGCGGUCACUACUUUCAUGUUAAAAUACCUUCGCUGGGAAUAUUAUGUUGAUGAGAUGUCAAAGGACUUGGUCUUUUGAAGUCGUGGAGGAUCUUUGACUGGCUGUGGGAUAAAUCUCGAUGCAUCUGGGCAGGGGGGGGCUGUGAACUGAGCCACUGUUGAACCCAUUGUGAGAACCCCACGGCUUUGCGCAUGGGUGGCAUGAAGGAGGCUCCCCGUUGAAAAUCUUCGAGAACUUCAAUGCCUCGAUUCGGAGUGGGACAUUGACGUUUCCAUACGCACCAUGAUUCCAAG